GCUUAAUUAAUAUGGCUAUAUUUAUGUAUGUUUGUGUAUGUUCUGAAUAGUGUAAUCCUUUUAAUCUUCGGAUUUAUCAAGGUUUCUGCAGAUUUCGAAUGGGCGGUGAAACUAAAUCGUUUCACUUUAAAUAUUCUUGGACUUUGGCCUAAGAACAAACAAAAUCCUUGGCAGAAGUUAGUGUGCAAUUUUCGAGUGUUUAUAUCUUUGCUGGGAAUGAUGUUCUGCCUUUUUAUUCCUUCAAUACACUCCUUGAUAAAAAUUUUUGGUGACAAUUUGCUAGUGCUUGAUAAUUUACAAUUUACUUUACCAGUUGUAAGCUGCAUGAUUAGAAUGAUAGUUUUUUGGUGGAAAAAAGAAGCUAUUAUACCGAUUAUAAAUAUGAUCGCGAAGGAUUGGAUAAAAGCAAAAAGUGACCAAGAGAAAAACUUAAUGAUCCAAAGGGCGCAAACUGCACGAAUAAUUAAUAUUAUUUCUUACUGCAUAAUGGGAUUACAGUGCUUCUUUAUUGUCGGGCUGCCCGUUUUUGGAACGACAAUGAGAUUGACUCCGAAUAUUACUGAUCCAGGAAGACCAAUGCCUUUUCAAACCCAUUAUAUUUACGAUAUAACAAAAAGGCCGCAAUAUGAAUUGACAUUUCUUAGCCAAGCAAUCUACGUGAUUAUCGGUAUGAUGGCCUAUACUGGAGUAGACAAUUUUCUCAGUCUCUUGGUUUUUCAUAUAUGCGGUCAAUUAGACAUUCUCGAGAAUCGAUUACAUCAUUUGGAUAAAUACAUGAAUUAUCACAAAGUAUUAAAAUGCUGCAUAAUAAAACAUGUUCGUUUGCUUAGAGCUAUUGAUAUUAUUGAAGAUAUGUACAAUAUAAUACUUCUCUCUUUAUUUAUAUAUUUUGCAAUACUCUUUGCUUUCUUUGGAUUUCGGCUGAUUAGCCUGUUCGACGAAGGAAAUAAUAUGUCGUUUACUCAUUUAAUCUAUUUUAUAUCUUCCGUUGUCAAUAUAUUUAUACACAUGUGUAUAUAUUGCAUUCUUGGUGAGAUUUUAGUGGACCAGUGCAAUAAAAUAUAUUAUGCG